UUUUGUAAACAUUGUCGUGCACGGUUCAAUCGUUCAAUUCUCCGGAAGAUUACUUCAUCACCGUUUUUUUAAAUUCUGUGUUAAUUUUUCUCGUUAUCAUGAACCGUCUAUAGUUCUUGAAAUGGCAGGCAAAGCAUUUCAACUAAACCGUAAAGGUUCCGUGUUCUUCACCAAACAAUUGUCCAAGAAACAGAAACCUUGGAAAAGCUUUUCAACCAGUGUUGAUGAUGGCUCAACAGUCAAUCAGAAUCUCACAUGUGCUUUUAAGCAACCCCCACUUUCUGAGCCACUGCCUGGCCUACCCAAAGCUAUUUAUGCCUCAGCCAGUGAUGACGAACGAGGCACAAAAAUCACAACGUUACCGAAUGGCCUAAGGGUUGCUUCUGAAAAUCGUUUCGGGCAAUUUUGUACUGUUGGAGUGGUAAUUGAUUCUGGAUCAAGAUAUGAGCUACCAUAUCCAAGUGGAAUUUCUCAUUUUUUAGAAAAGUUGGCUUUCAAUUCAACUUCUCAGUAUGCUGACAAAGACAAAAUUUUACUAACAUUGGAAAAGCAUGGAGGAAUUUGUGACUGUCAGUCUUCCAGGGAUACUUUUGUCUAUGCAGCUUCAGCAGACAGAAGAGGGCUAGAUCCUGUCGUACAAGUUUUAGGAGAGAUCAUUCUACGGCCUUUAAUUUCAUCGGAAGAAAUUUCUAUGACGAGACAAGCCAUCAGUUUUGAACUUGAAAAUCUCAGAACUCGCCCUGAGCAAGAGCUGCUGCUAAUGGAUAUGAUUCAUGCUGCAGCGUACAGAAACAAUACAUUAGGUCUACCAAAAAUUUGCCCUGAAAGCAACAUUGAGAAAAUUGAUCGCUCAGUAUUGUUCACAUACAUUAAGAACCAUUAUACUCCAAGUCGUAUGGUUGUCGCUGGAGUUGGAGUAGAGCAUGAUGCACUUUUGGAAAGUGUAAACAAAUACUUCGUUGAAGAGAAACCCAUUUGGGAGGAAGAUAAAAGUCUUGUUAUACCAGGUGAAUCUUAUGGAGUCGAUCAGUCGAUAGCACAAUAUACUGGUGGUUUGGUGCAGGAAGAAUGUGAGAUUCCUCAAUUUGCGGGGCCAUCAGGCUUACCAGAGUUAGCACACGUAAUGAUAGGCCUUGAAGGAUGUUCUCAUCAAGAUUCUGACUUCGUUGCUAUAUGUGUUCUAAACAUGAUGAUGGGAGGCGGAGGUUCAUUCAGUGCUGGUGGUCCAGGAAAAGGGAUGUACACCCGUCUGUACACUAAUGUCCUAAAUCGAUACCAUUGGAUGUUUAAUGCUACAGCCUAUAACAAUUCAUACUCGGACACUGGGUUAUUCUGCAUUCAUGCAAGUGCACCACCUUCUUACGUCCGAGAUAUAGUCAAAGUAUUAGUAGAGGAAAUGGUGACAAUGGGAGGAUCUGUACAAGCAGAUGAAUUAAGGCGAGCAAAAACACAGCUCCAAUCCAUGCUGCUGAUGAAUCUUGAAGCUCGUCCAGUCGUUUUUGAAGAUAUUGCUCGUCAGGUCUUAGCCACAGGCCACAGGAAACGACCUGAACACUACAUUGAACAAAUAGAAAAUAUUACGGAGGUUGAUAUCCAGCGGGUUGCUCAAAGAUUACUCCGUGCUCAGCCUUCAGUGGCUGCUCGAGGUAAUAUUGCAACAUUGCCGUCACUUGAAGCUGUCCAAGCAGGUCUUCAAGAUGCGAAUGGAAGAAUGCCCAGCAGUAAAAGACUGUCCUUAUUCCGAUAGUUUAUUAAAGUAAAAUCUAGUUUGGAAAUAUGUUUCUUAAUUUUUAUAUCCCAUGUAUGGUUGCCACUACUUCAACCAUGAAGAAUUUCAACCACUUAAAUUUCAAAUUUCCUCUAUGCUUUGAUGAAUAUUUUGAUUUGACCUUUCAAAACUUUGAUCCAAAUCUGCCCUUGUAAGCGGAGUAAUUUUUCCCCUCACUUUAUUUUGUUGUAUUGAUUUGUUGCCUUUUCCUGUGAAAUUAAAUGUUACAUUUUAUACCAAGA